CCCUCGCAAUGGCUCAACAACGCUCGGGGCUCGUGAACCCCCUGUUUCACCCGCUGCUGUUCGUGUACCAGCUGCUGCAAUGGGUCAUCGACAGACUCCUCUCGCCCAAGCCGCCGCGGAGAGUCGACGAGCUGACGAGGCCCAAGAUUGGCAUCAUCGGGGCUGGUCUCACGGGGGUGUCCGCGGCGGCGCAUUGCGUUGGGCAUGGCUUUGACGUGACUAUUUUCGAGGCCGGGUCGAGGGACAAUCUGGGGGGCAUCUGGAGUAGAGUCAACGACACGUCCGGCCUGCAAAUCCACAGCAUCAUGUACCGCUUCCACCCCUCCGUCCAGUGGCAGGGCGGCUACCCCAACCGCAAGCAAAUCGUGGCUCAGAUCGAACAGCUCUGGAAGCGCUACAACCUCGACAAGAAGACCAAGUUUGGCGUCAAGGUCAAGGGCGUCAAGCAGGACGACCAGACGCGCUGGAUCGUCAACAACGACCCUUCGCUCGGCCGCUUCGACGGGCUGAUUGUCGCCAUUGGGACCUGCGGCGAGCCCAAGAUGCCGCACAUCCCGGGUAUGGACAGGUUCAAGGGGGAGAUUUACCACUCCAGUGACCUGACUGGAAAAGACGCAAAGGACAAGCACAUUGCCAUCAUCGGCGGCGGCGCCUCCGCCGUCGAGGCCCUCGAGUUCGCCUUCUCCGCCGGCGCCUCCAAGGUGUCCAUCCUGUCGCGCUCCGACAAGUGGAUCAUCCCGCGCAACGUGCUCGUCGACACGCUGCUCAGCCUCAACAUCUUUGGCCAGGAGACGCUGCUGUCCUUCGUCCCCGAGUUCCUGCUGCGCAAGCUCUUCUACCGCGACCUCGAGGACCUCGCGCCGUCCCACGACAAGGGCCUCUUCAUGAGCACGCCCAUGGUCAACUCGGCCGUCAUGGACAAGCUGCGAGAGGGCCGCGCGGAGUGGAUCAGGGGCGACAUCCAGGGCUUCACGAGCCGCGGCGUAAAGGUCAACCGCCGCUCCAGGGGCGUUCCCAAGGGCGGCCCCGGCCACGAGGAGCUCGUCAAGGCCGACAUGGUCGUCAUGGCCACGGGCUUCAAGCGGCCCUCGCUGGCCAUGCUGCCCGACGACUGCUUCGAGGAGCCCUACGGCCCGCCCAACUGGUACCUGCAGACGUUCCCCCCGGCGCACCCGUCCGUGUCGGCCAUCAACGCGACGUUUGUCGAGGCCAUUGGCACCGUCGGCAACUGGCACAUUGGCAUCUACACGCGCAUCCUGCUCAUGUUCCUCGUCGACCCCCUGACGCGGCCGAGCCGCUGGUGGAUGGAGCGCUGGAUCGACAUGACGCGCACGCUCAAGCGCUUCAGUCCCACGGGCGCCUUUGACUUCUUCACCUAUCUCGAGCUGGUCUGGUGGUUUGUGUUUUGCGUGGCGUUCAAUCCCUUUCGCUGGAAGUGGGCGCUCUUUGUGUUUUUCGGCGUCGGCAUUGGGCUGCCGGACGUCGUGGUCAGGACGGAGAAGCAGUUUGUCAAUGGCGAGGGAUACAAGAACCGGGACCAGGGGGUCAGCUUUUAGUGUUGAUGAGAAAGGGGGCAUAGUGUACAAGUACGAAGAGAGGAUAUGACAAUCAGUAUGAUGGGGGAUAUAAAAGGUGUAGAUUCAAGCGUCUCUCACGACUUCUCAUAUAUAUAGAAUGCAAACAGAAUACAAGUACUCAGUCCAUCACC